AUGAGUCUCACGCCCUUGGAUGUGGGAGUUCAGCGCUUCCUCGAGUUUACCGUGACGCUUGUGUUUCCAGCAGUAUACUCUACAGGGCAACUUGACGCUGCUACGCAGGCUUUGCUCUCAGAAUGGCCCACACUUGGCUCUCGACUGAAUUCACUGCGAACUGACCUCAUCCCAAGCGAACCAGACAACCUUCCCUACGUCUACCGCGGAAAAUUCGUCGAACAGAAUCUCGAGGAUGUAAUGAAUAUUUCCGAGCCGAAGCAGGCAGGUGACGAGGUUAAGAAGCUGGAUAAACUAUUCAAGUUCUCCAAUAGCCUGAAGAAAGCGCUGCGCGGGCAGGUCUUCCAGGUUCGCGCGCUGUUGCUACAAGACGCUACGAUCAUCCGAUUUAUAUUCCAGCAUCCAUUCUGCGAUGCGACUGGCGGGUAUAGGAUUGCAGAGGCAUACUGCAACAUUCUCAGCGGAAAGAAGGUCCCAGAAGUAUCAUUUAUGAGAACCCCCCUGAGACUGUACGAUGGAACCACGCAAGAAGCGACAAAUGAAAAAAACACAGAGAAGGCAACAGAAGUCAUAAAUCGAACCCGCGAAUUGUUUACCUGGAGCUGGCAAACUCUCGUCCAAAAAGGCGUGAAACUGGCCUCGCGAGACCUGCUGCACCCCCGACGAGUCGAGAACACACUAUACAUCCCAGAAAAACAGAUAAGAGCCUGGAAAGAAGAAUCUCAAAGGCAAAAUAUCAGCGUCAGUGACCACGAUCUGCUUUCCGCAUUCAUUUAUCAGUCCGCGUACGAGCAAUCCCUUCCCCAAGACUACACCAUCAUAUUCGGCAUCCGACGACAACUCCAGAACCAGACCCCAAUACACAAUUCCUGCAUAGUACUGCCAAUCAACAUCGACUCCCUUGACGGCAAUCAGCCAACACCCGCGGCGCUCCCCAAGAUAGCAGCAGAAGUGCGACGCACGAUCCUCCAAGCCCGACAACCGGAGUGUCUUUCAAAACUGCUACAGUUCCAUGGAAACCCAAGUACAAGGCCCAUAAUCCCGCGGUGGAUUGGACGCAAAGCUCCUCAGGUGUCGGUGACCUCGUGGACGGAUCUGCCGUUCUUUAACCUGGACGCACGGGGGACGACACCGAGCUUUGUGUUUGGGGAGCUGGAUAUGUGGGGGCUUUUGAAGAUGUUUGGGCUUUCUAUGGACGAUAUAGUUACAACUUGGAAGGGCCAAGCAGAGGAAGAAGAUGGGAACGGGGGCUAUUGGAUUCGAGGGAGGCUGGACAAGGCUGUAUGGGAGAGAAUGGCCGCAGCCAUUGGAAAAUAG